GCUUUAUCCUCAUCUAUUUGUGUGAUCCCAAAAAAAUCAAAUUUUUAUGAGGCUCCAGGACAGCGCUAUAUUGGACUUUUCCAGUUACUACCUUGCUAUCUGCACUUGUCAAUUCACGUUGACGAAUCAACAGCUGAGAAUAGCAUCCGAUUUCCGGAAAAUCUGCACUUGGAUCAUCCAUCACUCGAGCAAAUCAGCAUCAAACGUGUGAAGAGUGUAGAGAAAGGCUGUGUCUUCCCAAGUAUGGGAUUGAUCUUUGUUCGCGGACAGUUGUUCGACAAGCACAUCGAGACUUUGGGUGAAGCGGAUUACGGCGAAAACUCAGGCUUUUUCGAAUGUGUGCAAAUGAUUCGACAGCAAUCUGACGUUCCGAAGUGCAAGACGAACAGCCCAAAACGAGGAAUUAGUAGCGAUGGUGAGGUGCUUGAAUCCGGUUAUUUGAUAUUCGCUUACAAAACUAUGGAGGAUAUGUGCACGAAGAAUUUCGCAGCAAAUUGGAAAACAUGGACGGGUGCAAGACAGUUAUGUCAACUAUUGCCUGAUAAGUACACCGUGAAACGGUAG